AUAGUUUUUGGUAAAAACAUUUAAGAAAUUGUUGAUUUCGGAAAUCAAUACAGGAAUUUUCCAUUAAAACAUUGAAAUUUAAGAAAAAGUCUACUAUUAAUUAAAUAACUAAAAAUAAAAUAUGUUAGGAAAAUAAAAAAUAUAUAAAAUAAUUUGUGAUUACUUUGUAAAAAAUACUAGUGAGUUUUUUAUAUUUUGUUUUGGUUAAGCAAUUGAAUUGCGUCUGCUGCGCUUUAUAGAAGCUGCCGCCAAACAUAGUUUUUGUCAUUUGCGGACAUAUUGUGAAGGACAUUUGCUUUAGGAAAUUUGUAAAACCUUUUUAGAGGCAUAUACAAUAAAACAACACAAACAUGGAUCAAAUGUUGAGUCCAGGUUUUUCAAUACCCAGUAUUGGCACGCCACUUCAUCAAAUGGAGGCCGAUCAACAGAUUGUGGCCGCCAAUCCUGUGUACCAUCCCUCGGCUAUGAAUCAACAUAAUCAGCAUGAUAUUAACACUAAUGGCGCGCAUAAUCCUAACGUAUCGGCUAAUAAUAUGUAUGGUCAUGAUUUAAGUCACAUUAUGGGUGGUAAUUCACCAGCACCAGGCUCGAAUACACCAAAUAUGGGACAACAUGCUCCCACACUGCCAGUACCACAUAAGCAAAUGCAAUCAUAUCAACCCUCAUAUCAAAGUUCAAUGUCAUCUAAUAUGGGAGCACAGAGUAUCGGUAGUGCGUCAGCAGCACCGCAGUCAUUAAUGCAACCACAGACACCACAAAGUCUUAUGUCACCCAUGGUACCGAUGAGUGAUAGAACUGAUAAUUUAAGCAAUAUACACCAAACCAUGGGCCCGGCGACGCCUAUGACACCCAUGACUCCGGGUUCAGCAGAUCCCGGUAUUGUGCCACAACUACAAAAUAUUGUUUCCACUGUUAAUUUAUGUUGUAAACUAGAUUUGAAAAAGAUUGCUUUACAUGCCCGUAAUGCCGAAUACAAUCCAAAACGUUUUGCUGCUGUUAUUAUGCGUAUACGUGAACCUCGUACCACAGCAUUGAUAUUCUCGUCGGGCAAAAUGGUUUGUACCGGAGCUAAAAGUGAAGAUGAUUCACGUUUGGCCGCUCGUAAAUAUGCCAGAAUUAUACAGAAAUUAGGAUUUCCGGCUAAAUUUCUCGAUUUUAAAAUUCAAAAUAUGGUCGGUUCUUGUGAUGUUAAAUUUCCCAUACGUUUGGAGGGUCUGGUACUCACCCAUUGUAAUUUCUCUUCAUACGAACCGGAAUUAUUUCCCGGUCUCAUCUAUCGUAUGGUGCGUCCACGUAUUGUCCUAUUGAUAUUCGUUUCUGGUAAAGUUGUGCUAACGGGAGCUAAAGUACGUGGUGAAAUUUAUGAGGCAUUUGAUAAAAUAUUUCCUAUUUUGAAAAAAUUCAAAAAACAAUCUUAACAUUUUACAAACUACUUCAGUUGUUACAAAUUAUUCUUGUAGCAAAUAAUAAAGACAGCUUAAUAACUUUAUUAUUUAUCUUUAAAUAGUUUUUUUGUAUUUUUUUUCUUUUCUAAUUUUCAAUUUAUUUUUAAGUAGUUUAAGCUUUGUUUUUUGGUAUAAAAACUAGUUGUAUAGUCUUAACAUUUUGUCAAAAUGCCUGCUAUCCCCUCUUAAAUUGUAAGACGUUUUGAAUAUAAGUUUAUUAGAAUAACAAUAAAAACAAGAUUUCAAUUUUGUUCUUUUUUUGUAUAAAACA